GGGUUGUUUUUGCCGGGGCGGUAGUACCUGGCGCUUAGCUGGGGCUGCCUUUCGUGAAGAUUUGAGCUGGUGCAGGGAGGGGCGCUCGAGGCCUUAGGGAGCACGGCGAGUCGGAGGGGAGCUGGGAGUAAGCGAGAGCGCCUGUGGUCCUCCGCCGCCGCGAUGUCAGCGCAGUGCUGUGCGGGCCAGCUGGCCUGCUGCUGCGGGUCUGCUGGCUGCUCCCUCUGCUGUGGCUGCUGCCCCAAGAUCCGACAGUCCCGGAGUACCCGCUUCAUGUAUGCUCUCUACUUCAUUCUUGUCGUCGUCCUCUGUUGCAUCAUGAUGUCACCAACUGUGGCUAGCAAGAUGAAAGAGCAUAUUCCUUUUUACGAAGACAUUUGUAAAGGCAUUAAAGCUGGUGACACGUGUGAGAAGCUGGUGGGGUAUUCUGCGGUGUAUAGAGUCUGUUUUGGAAUGGCCUGUUUCUUCUUUAUCUUCUGCCUCCUGACCCUCAAUGUCAGCAACAGCAGAAGCUGCCGAGCCUACAUUCACAACGGCUUUUGGUUCUUCAAGCUUCUGCUGUUGGGGGCCAUGUGCUCAGGAGCUUUCUUCAUUCCAGACCAGGAGACCUUCCUGAAUGCCUGGCGCUAUGUGGGAGCCGUCGGAGCCUUCCUCUUUAUAGGCAUCCAGCUCAUCCUGCUCGUGGAGUUUGCACAUAAAUGGAACAAGAACUGGACUGCAGGCACAGCUCACAACAAGCUGUGGUACGCCGCCCUCGCCCUGGUGACCCUCACCAUGUACUCCAUUGCCGCCGGAGGCCUGAUUUUGAUGGCAGUGUUUUACACACAGCAAGAUGGUUGCCUGCAAAACAAAAUCCUCCUGGGGGUAAACGGAGGCCUGUGUCUGCUGAUUUCACUGGUAGCCAUCUCGCCCUGUGUCCAAAAUCGACAGCCACACUCUGGGUUGCUGCAGUCGGGUCUCAUCAGCUGCUAUGUCACGUAUCUGACCUUCUCAGCUCUGUCCAGCAAACCUGAAGAAGUAGUGCUGGAUAAACACGGGAAGAACAUUACAAUCUGUGCGCCUGACUUUGGUCAGGACCUGUACAGAGACGAAAACUUGGUUACUGGACUGGGUACCUUUCUCUUGUUUGCGUGCAUCUUAUAUUCAUGUCUGACAUCGACCACGAGAUCGAGUUCCGAUGCUCUGCAGGGACGACAUGCAGCUCCUGAACUGGAAGUAGCUCGGUGUUGCUUCUGCUUCGGUCCCUAUGGAGAAGAUACCGAAGAGCAGCGGAACAUGAAAGAAGGACCGGGUGUCAUUUAUGAUGAAAAGAAAAGCACCGUCUAUAGCUAUUCGUAUUUCCACUGUGUGUUCUUUUUGGCUUCCCUCUACGUGAUGAUGACCGUCACCAACUGGUUCAACUACGAAAGCGCCAACAUCGAAACCUUCUUCAGCGGGAGCUGGUCCAUCUUCUGGGUCAAGAUGGCCUCCUGCUGGAUGUGUGUCCUCUUGUACCUGUGGACGCUGGUCGCCCCCCUCUGCUGUCCUACUCGGCAGUUCUACGUGUGAGGAGCUGAGCCAUCCCCUUGGUUCGGUGGGCCUGCAGGCUGGAAGUGACAUCCUCUGAACAAGUGUCCCAGGGGUCUGAGCAGUUGCUGGCGCUUUUCAAAAAGCUGGCAUCCCCUGGCUGAAGUGUGCUCGAAAAGGCUUUCAAAAAAAAAAUUCACCUGAUUAGCUUUUUAAUUCUAAAAUUUGAAAAGAAACUACAGGAUUACCCCAAAAGAAUUGAAAUUUUCAACUAGGCUGAUCCUGAGUGAUCAUAUAUUUUGUUUGUGUCUUGCCCCUAAAAACCGGAAUAGUAGUUAGGCUAGUAUUUUUCUUCUGCGUGUUUUUACGGAAACAGAGUUUGGAGUACAACAUCUUCUCACAAGGACAGACAUUUCCCUUGUGUGGCCUGUCAUUCUUACCCUUGGAAUAGGAAACAUGGCCAAAUCUUGAGCCCUCAGCCCCUGACAGAAUGCAGACCCCUCCCCACACCUCAGCCUGCAGGAGCCUGCUCACAGGCCCCUGGUAAGUAUAGGGCGCAAGAGGAAGCCCCUGAUUUUAACUCCCCCUCUGCUGCUUCCUCCCGGCCCCCUUUGAAGUUGUGAUGCUGGGAAUCACUUCUGCCCUCAUCCUUCCAUAUCCCUUCCCAGAGGUCUCCUCAUCCUUUCUGGGUUCGGCAUCUUCGUUCUAAUGUGAAAAAGCACAGUUUGCUACCACCACCUGUGUCAUCCCCCACCGUGUUAUCACCACCUGAUCCAGGUUCCUGCAGUAAUUACGACUCUUGUUUGUGCAAUUAUUCACGUGGUUAUGGAAAAAUAUUCAUGUUGUUUUCUUUGUCUAAAUGAUGGAGAGCUAUAGUUCUUACUUGUUUGUGCUGUUAAUAGUAAUAAUACCAUAAGACCUUACCUGAAAAGUUGCUUCCAGGCUGAAGCCUGCUGCGCCCUCCUUCAGUUGUUAAGGUCGGCCCCCCGGUUUCUCUUCCACCUUGAGGCCUUUGGAAUGGCAGAGACAGAGGGCUUUUGAUGUCCGGAUCUGUAACGGGACCGCACUGUUCAUGUCCAUGGCGGCUGUCGGAGUAGCGGAGUAGAUGUGCUGAGGUCAGGACGACCGCAUCACAGGCAGCAGCUCAACCAGGCUGGCCGGGUGAGGCCUGUUGUACCAGUUGUAGACGUGACCAGACAUCCUUAGAAGGAAAGUUGGGUUGCGAGGGUAUUUAAUUAAGUCAUAAAUAACAUCCACAGCAAUUUUUUGAAUAUGUACUGAUAAAGUAAUACUCCUGAGAUGUUAGACUUUGGGUGACUGCCCGAGAAGAUGUCUGUUUUCGGUGCUGAUGUUCUGAGUCAGGAAGGAGCUGACUUCGUGGAAAGUCCAUUAGAGACUCCAGUGGAGACAUCACAGGGAUGUCCCUGCUGGUGUUUUCCUGUGGGAUGGAGAGACUCCUCGACCUCCCUGCCAGAGAGGGUCUGAGGCUGAGACUGCCCUGCCCCCUACAGUACGUUUCAGUUGGGCAGAACUGGGCUCCCUCUAAGCUGAGCUUCCAUGUGCCAAAAGGCCGGCUUUGGAAACUAGUCAAAUUCUUCAUUUCCCCUUUUUUGCCUUCCACAAAAACAAGGAAGGAAAACAAAUGCAACUGCUGAAUCCUCUAGGAACUUGCCUUAAUGACAGUGUCUUGAGAUUCAGUUACUGAAAGCACUUGUGAGAAAAAGAGCCUUGUUUUUAGUCCAGGCGUUCUUUGGGCUGAGUGGUUGAAGGAUGAUCUGGAGCCACACAAUGAAUGGCUGAGGCGGGCCUGCAGCAAGCCAGCAGGAGUGAGCUAGCUCUGUGGGUGGGGACAGGCUGAGAGAGCUGGGCUGUCGGUAGCGGCAGCUCCCUGGCAGAGGCCCCUGCAGUGGUCACCAGGUGCAGUGACAAAGGGCUCCAAGGAAGUGAGAUUGGCUUUAGGAAGACCACAAGGAGAGGCAGAUCUAUAGCUGGCGUUGUGUCAGCAACUACUUUUGUUAUGUUUUCUUCCUGUUAGCAGGGUCUGGCAGCCAGCUGUGUGACUUCAGAACUGGUCCUUACAGCCGGUCAAGGUCAAGCUGACAAAGCCAUGUCUUCUUUGGCUGGUCUUUAUUGACCCCCUGCCCCUGCAGAAAGAAGCUCAGGGAGACACAAAAGAAAGGACGUUGCCAGUGGCAGGGCUCUGGGAGCUCCCUUCCUUAGCCUGCCCACCCUUUCCAGAUGCUUAAGACUUGGUUCGUGGCCUGAAGUUAGUUCCUGUCUAAAAUUUGGUCCAAUACAAGAAGACUAGUUAUAGUCAUCUGGUUUCUAUUCUCACGCAAGAUUAUCUGAAUGAUCAAGACAGAUGUGGACAUACUCUGAAGACUGUGGACACAUAAGUUGACUUUAGUGAUUAUUAAUUGUAAUAAACAAUACUCAGGUGAUGAGUCAACAUUCAAAUGCAGGUUUAAAGAACCUGCAUUUUUGUGCUAUUGUGGUUUAAGAAACUGGAAAAAUUGUGCCAAUUGCUUUGAGUCGCUAUAAUGAUACUGUUAUUUGAUAAAUUCUUUUUUUUAAAUAGUAUACUUUGGCUUCCUACAAUUUUUUGUACAUGAUUUUUAAAAAAAGGUGUUCCUAGAAGCUGCUGGUCAGAUUCCUGUAGUGAUGAAAGCUGAAAAAGUUUUUAAAACUCUGUAUGUUUCCUCUGUGCCAUUUAUCUGACGUGGAAAAAAUUUCCCCUUUCAUUUCCAUGAGUAAAAAGACCAAGUAGGGAAAGGGGUUCUUUCUGGGAGUGUUGCUCAAUGUACCUAGACACAUCACCUGACUGAAGACCAGAGACUUUUCUAGCAAAGCUUUCUGACACUUAACUUUGUCCUUACUGGAUUUUGCUUUUGUUGGUUUUGUCCUCACAGUCUCUCGGGAAAUGGCUUGAAGGUGUUGGUCACCGGAAGUAUUUGGAGCUCUUCUGCAGUGCGGGGAACUGUGGGAGCUGAGGGCGGGUAGGGUUCCUGGGACUUGGGGCUCUGGUGCCCAUCAGCAGUGGCCAGCAGGGGUCACCACACCGAAUUGUUCAUUUCUAGCUCCUCAGAGGCUCCUUCAUUGUGGAAGACCUCCGUGCAGCGCUGAUUCCACUGACCCCAGUUGCCACCCUCUGCCUUUUAAAAUUAUGUGCUUCGUUUUGGCCAGAAGUUUACUACCAUUGGUGCUUCAUUUAUCUUCAAAAAAGGGACUUCCAGAGCCUGUAUUUAAGAUGCCUGGGUUUUUUUCUCCUUUGACUGCCUUUCUAAAUAGGCUCUCAUUUUGGUGCCCAUUCGUGUUCUACCUAUCCCUCUUUGAAAUAAAAAAGGGUUUAUUUUAUAACUAAGAAGGGUGUGGCCUUGGGCUGAGACCCUGUAUGCCCAGAGAGAACACUGGGCUUUCUUUAACCAGAGAAAGUAGAGUAGCCGCUUGGUUCACGGAAUUCUCUGUAGGACAUUCUUCUUAAUUUGCCAAGGGCACUAACUCCCUAUGGCUUUGUUCUUAAGGCCUCCAUGUUUCCUGCCAUCUUUAAUAUAACUGUAAAGACUCAGGCGUUUUAAUACAAUGUUGCAUUUCAGGCAGACAUGGACUCUCUAAUGUUAGACCUACUUCACAGGACUAGGAAGCUAUUUAUUUACACAGAUCUUCUGAAUUAAGGCUAGACAUUCUCAAGAUCUUUCUCUCCUUUCUUCCUUAGUAAAUCAUUUGCAGAGGUGUUCAUUGGAAAUAUGUGACUUUUACCAAAGAGGUUUCUUUCUUUUUAAAGUAAAAUCCUUUCAGCAAAAACUUAAUUGGGGAAGGGUAGAUUAAGAAUGCAUAUGCCUAAAUUCACUUUUACAGGAGUUUACUCAUAUUUAUGUGAGUAAAAUGAUGGAAGAAUUCUUGAAGGUAAUCCUUUGGUGUGAAGGAUCCUGGGAAAUUCAGAUAAAGAAAGCUUGUAGCAGAUCUGUAAUAUAUGUCUUGAGAGCUAUUUAUAAGAAAUUUAAGAGGAUUGUCUGUUUUCCUUAAUUAAAGAUUUAAGGAUUUUUUUUACUUUACAGAAAAAUCUCUACAAAAAUUUUAUAGCCAUAACUUUGUUAAUUUUUUAAACUUUCCUGAAACAAUUAGCUGUAGCCAAAUUACAUGGUUGUUUUGCAAUAUUAGAAUUUUGAAAAUGUAAUAUAUGUGGUAAAUCUACUGUUUGAAAUUUAUAAUAGUGUCAGAUGUGGUUAGAGUUUUGGUAACUUUUUAAGUAGUUUUUUCCCCAUUAGUCACAGAAGCAACUAUGGAUUUAUAUUUGUUUUGUGAAUGCUAAUUUUUCUAUGAAGUGUCUGAGUUGACCAGUCUUUUCCUAUGUAGAACACUCAAAACUUGUUAACUCUGUACUGUAAUAAAACUUGCCAUUGAAAA